UUUAACUUUGAACAGCAAUUGCUUGUGUGUGUGUGUCCAGGGGUCUUGAAUCUGUGUUAUGUUUGGGUUAGUGCGAUACUUUUAAAGCAAAUAAACAACCCUGCUUCACCAGCAAAUGCUAGUUCUGUGAAAAAGGCAGAUAUGUUGACUUCCCCGAAUUUAACACUGUCGUGGGAAAUCGCCAGUACCAUAGGAUUGAAUUUAAGCAGCGCCGAACUUCAAAGACACAUGGAGCUAUCUCACCGUCCCAUGAAAAUCUGUAUUAUAUCUGUGUUAGGAGCUCUGAUCAUUCUGGGGAACGUGGCUGUGAUUUUGGUUAUAGCAUCUUCAGUGUCUGGUUGGUCGAGGAACACUCGGUACUUUUUAAUCUCUCUCACGGGGGCAGAUGCCGCGCUGGCGCUAGUUGUGAUGCCUCUGAACCUGUACGUGAGUCUCGUCAAGGACAGAGAAGACCCAGACCCGUACUGCCAUGCUGUGGCUUUCUUCAACUCCACGGUCUACGCCACCUGUAUCUACUCGCUGGCUACAAUAAGCCUUGAAAGGUACAUCGCGGUGUUCUACCCGCUGAAGUACACCACCGUGAUGACGAAAAACAAGACUAGAGUCCUCAUUGCUUUCGCCUGGUUUUUCCCACCGGUGGUGUUGGUCCCCAUCUCCAUUCCCGACGGAAUCAUCAAAGUUUACUUCUCCAGCGCGUCCUUAGUUUGUAAUCCGGUUUACUCCACCAACGUGGCCUACUCGCUGACUUUAACCUGCCUUAUAUUCUUCCCUUGUUCAAUCGUCAUGACUUUCGCCAAUUGUCGGCUCUGGGUCGCUGCCAGGAGACAGAGGCACAAACUGAAAAACCGCGAUUUGCGCGGCCGCAGCAGACCGGACUCGGCUUCCCGUGUCCUGGUGCCAGUAAUGAUUGUGUACUACACGUGCUGGACGCCAUGCAUGAUGACCAUCCUGUACACAGCAAUUUCUGGCACCGCGGUCCCAGAGUGGCUGGAGUUUGUGGCUGUGUGGCUGCCCAGUGCCAACGGCUUUCUCAACUGCAUCGUUUACUUCUGGAUCAACCACAGCUUCCGCAGGAAGUUCUGCCUGAUGGGGCACAGGCUGUGCCUGCAGCUGUGCCCCGCGGUUGGCAAGGUGGGGGGGUACCGGGCUCCGGGCGGCGUGAGCGUGGUGGGCAGUGCCUGGGACAACAACAACUCUCUCCAGGAGCGCUCCUGCAGCGUCUCCUCCAACUGCACGCUGCUGCCGCAGGUCGUGGAGAGCUGCAUCUGAGGCCCGCAGCCCAGGAAGCCUUCAAGCCACUGUACCUGAGUGAAAGUGGCUGAUAUACUGUACCAUAUAACCAACUGGUUCCAAGGAGCUACUUUGGAAGAGUCGCCAGACACAACUAAUCAACCAUUAAAAUCACUGGAUACUUCUGCAUAGUUGAAGUUGGUUUUCCGUUGUUUUGUUGCUCUACCUCCGUAUUAUCCCUAAUAUGAACUCUGUAAAGGGAGGAAAUUACCCACCACGCAGUAGACAGUGGAACCCAGCUGUGCUGUAUAGUGGCUCUUUAAACGCCAACAUGCGCUGACAUCUCCUGGGGUGUGGGAUUUAGGAUGUCCUCUCAUUUCUUUUUCUUAUUUGUUCAUUUUUAUGUUUUUUUUUGUGUGGGUUUUAUUUUUGUUUCCUCUGAAGGUAAAUGUAUCCUGCAUCAUCUCUCCAACCAUGUUUGUUAUCAAAAUGGUCCCAAUUACAGCAAUUUAUUUCCAGGUACGAUUUUUUAUUUUUUAGUUCAGCGUUACGGCAGCCUUACGUUUGCCUCAGAAAAGAUAGAAAUCUUCCGUUUUUCAGAAUGGCAUGUUUCUGGGCUGGCAUUUCACGUACAGUAUAACUUGCUAUUUGGGAUACCUGAAGAUGGGAUCUAGCAGUUGAAACCAUUGAAGAAAAAUGAAUAUUUGGCUUUUAUUAGCAUGGGCAAGAGUCUUGCAAAUCCUGUUAUAUUUAUUUUUAAACAUCAAAAUUUAAAACUGCCUGAGUCUUUCACAACUAAUUUCUAAAUUUACUAAAACCCACAGUUGACAGUGCCGAGCCAUAGUUUUUGAUUCUCGUCCAUUAUGACAAGUCACGUUUCUUCUGCUAGGUCUCAGUUUUCAUUAAAUAUCUGUUGAACGGUGGAGCAUAUCAUUAAAAAUGCAGUUUUUGAAUGUUUCAGACAUUAAAGCAUGGCAGUAAUGCAGGGCACUGAUGAUGAUACUUUGUCUUCAACGAGGAGAACAUAAAGUACUGUAGACCCUUCCUUACAGCAGUUUUCUUUUUGAUACUCUGGCUCUUUGUUUUUAGUAAACACAGAGUUCACAUGAAAUGCACAUUAAGUCACAAUGUAUUCAUGAAUUAUUCAAAUUUGCCUUAUUCUUUGUAAAUAGCUGUUUCUGUGUUGUAAAGUUGUUACUGAUCUUUUGUUGUUAACUGUCCACAUACAUUUUAGCUCCUUUUUUUCCCCACUGGUCAUGCUGCAUCCAGUUCAAAUUCAGAUGGCACUGUUUUGGUUCUUGCAUAGCACAGGUUUGAGUGAAUUGUGCAGAACGGAUAAAUUUUAUAUGAUCUCUCUGCACUUUGCACAUUGGCAAAUGUAUCUCCAUUUCUGUGACAGUAGUGGAUGAUACUUAAUGAAUAUCGACCUUUCAUACAGAAAAAGUAGGAUCCAUUAACAUCACAUAAAGAGAAUCAUAGGGACUGGCAACAGCAUGGUAUAUUUCGUCCCUGUAAAGCGCUAGUGAAACAAGGAAAAGUCCUCUCUCCCUAAAGGGUCAGCCAAGAACAGUUUUCCUUCUAUUUGAAUCUGAAAGUAUAGCUAACGUUUUUAUCAACAUGUUUUAUUAUUAAUCUUGAUGGACUAUUGUAGGGCGCUUUAUAAUUUUCUGGUAUACAUCCCUACCUGUAUAUAGUUCUUUUAUUACUACUUUUAGAAGCUAGUUAAUUGGCUAGUGCUUGAGAAUGUCAAAGGGUUCCACAUUUUGCAAACACUAUGAUGGAGCUAUAACCAAUGUACCAGAUAGCUGAUGGAGCCGUUACACAAUAUAGUUAGGUAAUUGGGAAGUUUUGUUGGAUAAGCCAUGUUCCAUGCCCAGUAUGUUCAUGGUGCUUUUUGAUGCAGAGCUUUUCUUUGCAAGAAUUCUAGAAAAAGGCUUCACAAUAUGUAAGAGGUGUAUAUAGCAGGUCUAUGUCAACAGAGUCAAAUGUGUUCUCUGCUCAUUCCCACCCCAUCCCUCUAAGUGACAAAGAAAUAUUAACAGAAGGGAUCUUUAUGUUUGCAUGUGUCCUGCAGCUUGUGACAACAUGUGAUUUGUGAAAAUCAGCUAAAGCUUUGCUUUGAUGUCCUUAACCAGAACAUAGACACACACACUAUGCAUGUUAAUGGAAGGAUUGUUUGCAGAAAAAUUGACAAAGGCUUCAUGAUAGGGAAUCCAAACCCGUGAAAUAUGACAAUUCAAUGAUAAAAAAAGGUUAUUCGCGGUCAGAUACAGAAGCAAAAAGUAUAUUGAUGCUUGUUUUUAAAAUGGCAGAUACCUACUGUAUAUAAUGUCCUCCCAUUCGAAAAUGGUAAAUGCUGUUUUGUACAUUUUUAAUUGCAAUGUUUUAGACUGAAGCUACAGUGACAGUUUACCAGCUGAGGUAGGUGUAUUCCAUCCAAGUUCUGUGUCUGGAGGAUUUCAUUCUUUCUAAGCUCUUUGGAAUGAUCUGUUAAUUAAGCCUAAGCUGCAUAAUUGGUCCUUUUCAUUGUAAUCCAUUUCCAGGGAAAUGCACAUAAAAUAGUAAGAAUAAGUAACCUGCAACAAAUGGCCCUCUUUCCAAAACACUUCAGGGCUUAAGGUUGCUAAAGAAGCAGCAGAGAUUUAAACACCUAGGUAUUUUGAAUAUCGGGCCCAAUAAUUUUUGGAGCUAAACUGCAAAGGUUUUUUUGAGCAAUGUUUUUGACUCAAGAUUAUUAAAUACUGUAUCUCAAAGCUCAGGUGAAUUGAAAACCAGCCAACAAUGUUUUGUUUCCAGAUCUGGGCUGGAAGUACCUGAGAUAUAGGGUUUAGGCUCAAAUUCUGCGGAGACCAUCAGCUUCAGGCUGUAAUCAUUCACCGGUACAGACUUGUCACCUGGGAAUAAAAAUCAGUGUCACAAUGUGCAGACUUUGGUAGUUUUCUCCCAAAUUCAUGUAUUCCACUUGUAUUCCUUAAAAGAGAGUUGUUAAAAAUGUAGCAUUUGAAUGUUUUAGAUUGGAGUGUAUUAAAAAAUUAAGAAAC